GUGUAGUAUUCGGAUAAACAGUAAUACAUAUACUAGAUGUUCAAUGCAUUUUGAUUGUGUUUUGUUAGAAAAGCUAUCAUAGGGAUGAUGAUAAUAUAAUGACGAUAAAUAUGUGAUGAAAAGGUGCUACCGCAGAAUGUCUGAAGAACUCAAGGAAUUCCUGCAUCAAAGAGGCAUUGCAUCAACUGUUAUUCAAAGAUUUGUUGACGAUAAGGGUCCUGGAUCGCCUUGGUUGUCAUCAAUUCUACAAGAAUGUGGGUCAUUAUUUUACAGUGAAAGUUUACCAGAUCUGAUGGGGAAAUACUUAACUGGCGAGUUUUCAGUGUCCACACCAGCCGCUUUCAUCCUUGCUUCUCAAGAGUCUGAGACCACCAAUACUACAUGGUCAACACAAGCAUCAUUCAACCUUUUCACACAUUUUAAAAUGAAAUUAUGA